ACCAGCAAUAGCUAUAUGAAUAGACGAGUGUGUGCCUGUGUAGUGGGAAAUGCUGCGGUAAAUACAGAGAAAUUGACCUGUAAUGCAGACCUGGCAGUUCUGAAACUGGGAGCCCUUCCUCUGCCACUAGCCUGAGCACUUCCCUGUAAGAUCCAGCAGGCCGGUGAUUGUCAGCCCUCAAUUGCUCCGGGCACCUCCUGGACUGCGGGUCCAUUUCACUGACUGUACAGAAGCUGGAAAUGUCCCAGCUGUAACUCCCGAGAAGUUUCUCCUGGGCUCAUGAGUUACAAUCAAGAUGAGGAUUUCCUUCCACUCUCACUGCGCAAUGGGCAACCUCUGUCUGUGCAGUUACAUCAUUUUCUUUUUUAUGCUCCAUGUUCCUACACUGGAAUCAGUGAAUUUCAAGGUGAUUGGACCAGAUCAUCCCAUCACAGUCUCUGCAGGGGAAGAUGCCCUGUUACCUUGUCACCUCUCCCCCAGCAUGAAUGCUCAGGAGAUGGAAGUGCGCUGGUUCCAAUCCAAUACCUCUGAACUUGUCCAUCUGUAUCAGCAAGGAAAAGAUCAGACUGAGCUGCAAUUAUCAAAAUAUCGGGACAGAACAGAGCUGCUGAAGGACGGUAUCAUGGAUGGAAGAGUUGCCCUGCAUAUACGCAACAUCACCCCCUCUGACCAAGGACAGUUUAUCUGUUUCUUCCGAUCACCCAGCUUUUAUGGGGAAGCCACUCUGGAACUGAAGGUGACAGGUCUGGGCUCUACUCCCCGCAUCUCUAUUGACAACUACCAGAGCAGAGGGAUCCACAUGGUGUGCGAAUCUGCUGGAUGGUACCCGGAGCCCCAGGUGCAAUGGAGAGACUUGAGGGGGCAGCACUUACCAUCCCUGACAGAAAAAAUAACUCAACAUGAUAACGGCCUGUUUGAAGCACAAAUUUCCAUUAUUGUAACAGAAACUUCCAGUCAGGAUCUGUCCUGCUCUGUCAGCAACUCCCACCUCAACCAAGGGAAAGAAUCCAUGGUCUACAUCGCAGAUUCUUUCUUCCUGGGGGCCUACCCCUGGAAUGUGGCUGUGUACAUACUCCUGAUUGCUUUGGGUUUGCUCACUUUCAUGGCCAGCUACUUCUUCUGGAAGCAACACAAGGCAAAAGGGAAACUUGUUGCGGACCUUGAGAUAUAUCUUGCAGAGAAAGAGAAGCUCCAGAAUGAACUUCAGUUGAGAAGAGAUCAAAUAUAUCAAGCCAGCAUGACUCUGGAUCCAAUCACUGCUCAUCCUGAUCUCAUCCUGUCUGAGGAUCAGACAUGUUUAACAAAAGGAGAUACAGCACAGAAUGUGCCAGACAAUCCUGAGAGAUUUGAUUCUUCUGUGUGUGUCCUGGGUUCUGAAGGUUUCACAUCAGGGAUACAUUACUGGGAGGUGGAAGUGGGGAAUAGUGGUGACUGGUGGGCUGUAAGGGUUGCCAGAGAGUCUAUAAGGAGGAAAGGAUGGCUCAAUUUUAGCCCACUGGAGAAGAUCUGGGCUGUGGAGUGUGACUGGGGUAAAUACCAGGCUCUUGACUUCUCUGUGAUCCAUUUGCCUCUGAAUGAGCGACUUGAGAAAAUUGGGAUUUCUCUGAACUUUAAAGAGCACCGUAUAGCCUUUUAUGAUACUGAUAACUUGGUGCCAAUAUAUACUUUCAAAGAGGUCUCUUUCUCUGAUGAGAAAAUCUUCCCUUUCUUCUGUGUCUGGAGAACACCAGGAAAAUAUAUCAAACUAUGUAACCGAGAAAAGAGCUAGCCUUACAUUUUUCAAGUGUUCAUUAUUUUUUUGUGCCAGCACUCAAAAUUAGUGGGCACUUAUGAAAAUUUAGAGCAAAUUACUUCACUGUGCCCAGAAUUUUAUACCUUUCAAAACUACGGAAAACAUGAAUGAUCAGAAGAAAAUGUCAAUGGCACAGCAUUUACCCAAGCUAUUUUUCUAACCUUUAGUAUUCUGGAGGCCAAAUAUGACUCCAAACGUUUCAAAUAUUGCCCAAAGUCACUAAAUAUGCCAGUGGCAAGGGGGGAAGGAGGGGAAGGGAGCUCCCUUUUAUGAAUACACAGCCAGCCAGUUAGCUGUAAAAUCCCUCUUGG